AUGGAUAUCCACGAGAGCGAAUCCCCUUGGGGCGACGAGCCUUCGCAGUCUACAACGUCCCGGCAAAGCGAGAGCUCAACGAAUACUACAAUUACUUCUACGCACGCGACGACGCACGAAUCUUUAGCCGCACCGCAGUCCCCUGCUCGACGGGGCCCCAGGGCACAUCGAAAAAUCAGCGCGCAGGUCACCAAAUUGGAAGCAGUCGAUGAUACAACAGAUCCUUUGGGGCCUUUAGGCGAGUCAUCUAUUAUAGCAGAGGCCCCUACACCACCGCUGAAGGAGUCCGUGGGUGCGCGAAACGUUUCCAACGCCCAACCGUCGACCGGAACACCCAUCGACCAGAGCGACGAACAGCAAAGAACCGGCAACCCUCCGCCAGUGCAAUUUCCCGGCGUCGAAGGACCGCAGCAGAAGAGGCAGACUCAGCCUAGUAUAAGCGUGGAACAAGCUGCCAAACCAACGUUUAACAUUACCGUGGGCGACCCUCAUAAAGUCGGUGAUUUGACCAGCAGCCAUAUUGUAUAUCAGAUUCGCACGAAGACUACCUCGAAAGCGUAUCGCCGACCUGAAUUCGAAGUCAGCCGCCGUUACAGGGACUUUUUGUGGAUUUACAACCAACUACACAAUAACAAUCCAGGUGUUGUUGUUCCACCUCCGCCAGAAAAGCAGGCUGUUGGCCGUUUCGAUACCAACUUUGUCGAAUCUCGGAGAGCUGCCUUGGAGCGCAUGGUCAACAAGAUCGCAGCGCACCCAAUACUCCAACACGAUGCUGAUCUCAAGAUAUUUCUGGAAAGCGAGACCUUUGGAAUUGAUGUGAAGAACAAAGAAAACCGCGAGCCUGAUUUAGGGCAGAGCAAGGGCAUGUUUGGCUCGUUAGGCCUGUCUGUUGGUGGAGGUGGGAAGUUUGUAGAGCAUGACGAUUGGUUUCAUGACCGCAAAAUCUACCUCGAUGCAUUGGAGAGCCAACUCAAAGCUUUAAUGAAAGCAAUUGAUACUGUUGUUGCGCAAAGAAAAGGUCUUGCCGAGGCUGCCGGUGACUUUUCUUCGUCUCUCCAUGCACUAGCCACCGUUGAACUAUCAUCAAGUCUUUCGGGCCCUCUAGAGGGUCUAUCGGAUCUCCAGUUGCGGAUACGAGAACUUUAUGAACGACAGGCACAGCAGGAUAUUCUUACGCUAGGUAUCACCAUCGAUGAGUAUAUCCGGAUAAUCGGUAGCAUCAAAACCUCUUUCGCGCAGCGACAAAAGUCUUUCCAUAGCUGGCAUGCAGCAGAAGCGGAACUGCUGAAGAGGAGGAAUACACAAGAAAAGAUACUCCGGCAAGGCAAAUCACAGCAGGAUCGUAUUAACCAGAUCAACGCAGAUGUCGCCGAUGCAGAACGGAAGGUCCAUCAGAGCCGGCUCCUUUUUGAGGACAUGGGGCGGCUGAUGAGGAACGAGCUGGAAAGGUUUGAAAAGGAGAAAGUGGAAGAUUUCAAGUCGGGUGUGGAGACUUUCUUAGAAGGAGCCGUGGAAGCUCAGAAAGAGUUGAUUGAACUCUGGGAAAGCUUUCUGCUGCAGCUUGAUGCCGGAGAGGAUGGCAACCCGUUAUAUCCUCCAGAAAACCGGGGUGCAGAAGAAACAGCUGUGCCUACCAGUGAAGCUGCACCGCAGGAUGCUGAUGAAGAGAGAGCAGCGGCCGUUGCGGCGGCUGUUGCAGCAGAGGAGACACAGUAG